AUGACGGCGGAAAUGCGAGAUAUGAUAAACCAGUUAAUGGGUUCAAAUCGAGCCGAAGAAGAGGGGAGAGUUUUAGUGCCCUAUAAUCACCAUUCGGUAUGUCGGGCAUUUUUACUUGGUUGUUGUCCACAUGAAAUAUUGGCCGACACGAGGCUCGAAUCAUUUGUUGCUUGUAAUAAGAUUCACGAAAGUGCACACAAAGCGGAUUAUGAAAACGCGCAGAAGGAGAAAGAUCAUUUUUAUGACGUUGAUGUGUAUGAGAGGUUGGAGGAGGCCGUUCGCAUUGUUGAUAAGGAGAUAGAACGAACCAAAGAAAAGCUAAAGAGAGAUUGUGAGAACGAAAUAGAUCAGGCCGAAGUUAUGAAGGCUCAGAAGAUUGGCGAAUUGGGGGAGAAGAUAGGUACCACAAUUGUUAAAAUGGAAGCGUUAGGAAAUGAGGGUAAAGUGGAAGAAGCAAUGGAACUUUCAAAAACAAUCGAGGAGCUGAAAAGGAAAAAACGUGAUCUCGAGAAUGAUGUACGAACUGUUCUGAAUACACCUCAAGUGCGUUUGCGUGUCUGUGAAACUUGCAGUGCUCAACUGAGUAUAAUGGAACAUGAAACCCGUCUUGCAGAUCAUUACGGUGGGAAGAUGCAUCUUGGCAUGGAAAGAAUUCGAGAGACUUGUGAAGAAAUGAAAAAAACGAUUGACGAGCGACGAGCAGAAUGGAAGAAGGCGAGACUAGGUCUCACAUACCGUGAUGACGAUAGAGAUUAUAUUAGUCGAGACAGGAGGGAACGGCGGCGAGACAGUCGUGAAAGAGAAAGGGAUUAUAAGCGCAGCAGGCAUGUUUGUUACUAUAUAUCAAUUGCAGAGUCCGUUCCCCGCGGCGACGGCACUCCCGGUCUCGCUCCCCGAGAUCAUCGCGAAAUUACCGUGAUAGAGAUUCAAGGCGUUCUUAUGAAAGGGAAAGGAGACGAAGCCGCGAUCGGCGUUGAAUGGAACGAAUUUGUAAUCCCAACUUUGUGA